CCUGCGCAAUGCGCCCCGAACUGAGAGACGGGGCUCGAGCCUCCGCACCGCACAACAACGACCGGGAUCAAAAACGGAACAAAUCACCCAACGACAGCAGGAUCGACCGUCCGUAAACCAGCGUGUCCCGCCGGACAUCGACGGGGACAACAGCGACAGAGAGGGCGAGAGGAGAGUAGAGGCAGGCGGGGGUCGGUAGACCAGGAGCCUGCCUGUCUGUCCGCCUGCAGACGUUUGGAUGUAACGACGACUGAGAGGACGACACGAUGUCCUCGUGUUGGACCCCACUCCUUGUCCCGAUGGUCCUGGUCCUGGUCCUGGUCCUGUCCCGCUCGGUGUCAGCGGCCCGCUCUGACAGGAACAUGAUUUCAGAGGAGUAUGUGGGCGUCACGGUCAACGCCACGGUGCUGGACGGACGAGGAAACACCAUCCACGUGAUGAGCAGCGACGACGGGACAUACGGGCAGAACUCACCGAAAGUGGACACCAGGGGUAUCGUCAUCGCACCUGCACCGCAUCACGGAGUGGUGGACCGGCAGGGCUGCGACCCCGGCACUCGUUUCCUUGUUCCUCCUCGGAGUGUCCACUGGGUGGCGCUGCUGCAGAGAGGAAACUGCACCUUUAAAGAGAAGAUCCUGAAAGCGGCUGCUUACAACGCCACGGCCGUUCUCAUCUACAACAACUCCACGGACAAGACGGUCAAGAUGGGCCACGAAGGCACUGGUGAUACAGUGGCAGUGAUGAUCACAGAGGCGUAUGGUAAAGAGAUCCUGGCUCACCUGGAGAGAAACCUGACGGUCCUGGUAUCUGUGGUGGUGGGUCAACGCGGUCCCACCAAAAACAUCAACCGUGGUUCGCUGGUCUUCGUCUCCAUCUCCUUCAUCGUCCUCAUGAUUAUCUCAUCGGCUUGGCUCAUCUUCUACUUCAUCCAGAAGAUCCGCUACACCAGUGCCCGCGACCGCAGCCAGCGUCGUCUUGGUGAUGCAGCGAAGAAAGCCAUCGGAAAGUUGACCACGAGGACGGUGAAGAAAGGAGACAAGGAAACGGAUCCAGAUUUUAACCACUGCGCGGUGUGUAUUGAAGCGUACCAGCUGAACGAUGUGGUUCGCAUCUUGCCCUGCAAACACGUCUUCCAUAAAAUGUGUGUGGACCCCUGGCUGAACGAGCACUGCACUUGUCCCAUGUGUAAACUCAACAUCCUCAAAGCUCUUGGCAUCAUGACCAGUCUUCCCUGCGUGGACAGCGUGGUGUUGGAUGUGGAGCGUCUGGGCGUCAGUCAGGCAACUGGGAGCCAGAGGGUGCAGCUGGGCGACAGCAACCAGCCUUCCAUCAGCCUGGAGCCGCUCAGCCCCCCCCACCCUGAGGCCACACCCAGAACACCUGCUGACAUCACCAUUGCUGUGACCAGCGGCGGCCACUUCUUCAACAGGAACUCAAUGUCUCCUCACAGUGUCGUCUGUGAGAUGGAGCUGCCAGACAUCCAGGCCUCACUUGACCUAUAUGACGACAACAAGUCCUGAGGACCAUCAUCAUUAUGACCCCCAACCACCACCCCCACCUGCUAAUGGACGCACAGCUUUUUUUCCCUAUUGGGAGGAGGUUCUGAUCCGUGGAUGAACUUUUUGAACAUCAUUUCUUCCAUCAGACUUCCUUCAGACUGAACAUGGAUCUGGAUUCUUGCUGGAUCCUGAUUUUAGUUUUGACCCAUUAGCUCGACACAACAACGUUUUUAUUUUCCCCAGUAAAAGAAAAAGUUCUGUUGGACACAGAGCUCAUGGUUGGGUCAGAUCUUUAAAAAUGGUUUUAUAUUAAUUAAGAAAUUAAUUAAUUAGGAAAACUGAACUCCAGAUUCAAUUCCGGUCAAGGAACCAGAACCUCAACUAGGUUCUACAGGUAGAACUGGAAGUAAUGUUGCUGUUGAGUUCCUAGAACAGUUCCUGGAAAAAUAUUGAAGUCCCUAAAUGCAGUCUUGUGUUUCUGGCAAAGGGAAUAGUUCUGGGAAUAGUUCCUGAGUUCCUAAAAGGGUUCUUCGGUCUCUGGACAAUGUCCUGAAUUCCUUCAACAGUUCUUGGAAAGGUCCUGAAUUCUUAAAAAGGUCCUGGAUUUUCUUGAAUUCUUCCAGGGCUCAUUAGAAGGUAAUCUGGAACAGGUCUUCAGUUCUUAAAAUAUUCCUGGAUUGCAAAAGAGUUUCCCUGGGUCAGAGGAUGCUUGAGGGUGCCUGAAAAGCUUCCUUUGGAGUUCCACAAAGUACCCAGGCUCCUGGAAAAAUUGCAUCGAUCUUAAAGAGUUUCCUGGGUUCCAGGACAAGUUUGUGUGUUCCUAAAGACAUUCCUGAAUUCCUCAGUGAUUUAUUGAACGAGUUCCCAGGAUUCUAAAAAUGCGCUUAGAAAGUUCUUCAGCUCUUAAGAGGGUUCCUGGAAGGGGUUUCUGAAUCAGUUCUGGAUUUCCAAAAAGUGUCCUGUGUUUCUGUAAGUGUUCCUGAGGUCUUAAAAGGGUUCUGGAAACACUGACGUAUUAAAAAGGUUCUUGGGUUCUUGCAAACCUUCCUCACCCAUAAAAAUGGUUCACUGAAAAGUUUCUGAGUGCCUAAAAGAUUCCUUGAAAGGUUCUUGAGGUCUUAAAAGGGGUACCUGUGUUCCUGGAAAAGUUCUUCCCUCAAAGGUUCCUGAAAUGGCUGUUGAUUCUCUAAAAAGGUUCCUGUGUUCUUGAUCGUACCUGAACCUAAAUGGACCUGAAAGCUUCAGGACUGAAACCAAACAAACGCAGAGAGCCUGAGCCCAGAAAACGUUCCUUUCAGCGUUUUCUGAUGUUCUGCCUUCAGUCUGGGAAAAUUGGAAAUCGAACCUUUGAUCGGUUUACUGAAUUAUUACAGACCUGGAUCCAAACUCCUCGACUAUGAGUACCGACUGAGCUUGUUCUUCCUGUCCAUCAUCAGACUGGAACCAGGACCAGAGGAAGACCUGGACCCAGGUCCUCUGUAGAGACAAUAGGAAACUGUGUGAACAGUGUUAACUACCAGUAGCAAAAGAACACGUUUCUCAUGUAGAACAAAGAGAUGUUAGAAUUAAAGGAACAGUCCAUUCUGUCAGUAAACCUGCUUUUCUCUGUGUUCACUAACAUGGAGUUCCUCAGGGGGUGUGCUGAGGGGGGGACUGAACCACCUAGCUCCAUCAAAAAGAGAAAAGUCUUGCUGAUUUUUACCUUGUUAGCUAAUCAGCUAGGCAGCAGUCCAUCCUGAGGUCAUCUGGGGGUCCUCAGGUCUGUCAGCCAAUGAGAAGAAAGCUCCCUGAAGUGAAGUAGAUUCACUUUCAUUGCAGUCUUGCUCCUUUCUGCUCAGAAGAUAAGUUUCCAUCUGAUGAAGCGUAAAUUUAAACAUAAUUUCCAGAAAAGCAUCAAAGUAAAACAGAGUGCAUGCUUGUUUCCACCCACCCGGCUGUGUGAAUAUUGAUGGAGAGAAAGAGGCGGUGGGACUAAUUCUCCUCGCAGUGACAUUAAAUGUUGGGGACCUGUUCGCAGAAAUGGAAUAUAAUAUUCAUUAAAGGGAAACACUGCUGAAGUAAGUGGACCUGCUCUCUCUUCCUGCUGGCUCACAGGUGGAGUCCUCAGGUGUGACGUCUGCAGCUGUGAUGCUAAAUGCUGUUAACAUACAUUCGUAUCUCCAGUUUGAGCGUCUGUUUGUACACCAGAGAAUCAGAGGGUUUCCUGAAGUGACGGACUGCUCCUUUAAAGUGUAUUAAACAGCUUCUGAAUUACUCAGCGUGUAAUAAUCAGCUCCGGUGAUGGGGCUCAAUAUAUAAACAGCAUUAUACAAUCUAUAACCUGACUGAUUGAUCAAUAUUAUCUCUGAAGUGACCUGAACACAUCCUGAUGGAGUCCAGAAGACCCAUCUGUCCUCGUCUGUCUGUCCUUGUCUGUCUGUGUCUCUGUGUCACAUGGUACUGAUGGUGAUGAUUAGGGGGGUGUGUGAUGCUUUCAGUUCAAUGUCUCUUACCGUCUCAGCAUUAAA